AUGCUCUUUUUUAUAUUCUGCGCGGCUGUGCAUAUUUUCUCUCUAUCCGCAGCAGAAUGCACUAGGGAACUUCUCCAAGACCUCACGGCCAGCUACGUGGCAGCCCUCGCCGCGGGUAAUGGACCAUCAGGCAUCUCUGGCCUUGCGGGACCCGACGUUAGCUACAUCGAGAACGACGCGCCGGCCGAUAUCGCCGCAGGACUGCUGUCAGUCGGUAUACAAAUCGACUUCAACCGCAGCAUCUACGACACCACCCAGUGCGCUUCCUACACCGAGAUUGUCGCCACGACAGACCUAGCCUAUGUAAUCGGGACACGACUCGCUCUGAACACGGACAACAAAAUUGCUGAGAUUCGGUCCAACGUUUGUAACUCGGGAGACUGGCUGUUCAACGCAAAGGGGUCUCUUGAAUACAACAGCAAAGAAACGUGGGAUUCCAUCCCCGAAGGCAAUCGGGAUACGCGCGAGGUGAUCCAGGCCGCAGGGGAUGCGUACAUUGACGCUUGGGGCGACGACGCCGUCAAGCCCCCCUUCGCUAGCGACUGUGCCCGGUUGGAGGGCGGCUCGUACAUAUCGGGGGGCAACUGCUUGCUCAACUUUCCUCCGCCUUUUAACAUCACCUACCGUGUGUACACGAUUGAUGAGCAGCUUGGGGCUGUGGAUAUCUUUCACAACUUUCCGUUUCUUGACACCUCUAUCCCUCGAGAUCCGGGCACGCAGACGAACAAUUUCGUGAGGAUUGAAGGAGGGAAGAUCAAGUACAUCCACGAGAACACUGUGUGCAGCAAGGAUAAUUGUGGAAGGUAG